AAGAAUGGGGACCCUGGGCGGUAACUCUGUAGCAAGUCCAGCCUUGUUCUGGGCCCCACAGUGGCAUUCGCAGCUCUCGGCCGGCAAGAGGCCACUGGACUCCGGUCGUCAACUCUAGCUGAGCAGAGCGAGGCGGCGGCAACGAGCCAGGUGCCACGAUGGCAGCGAAUUACUCCAGUACGAGUAAGAGAAAAGAACACAUGAAAACAACGGCCAGCCCCCAGCCAGGCUUCCUGGAGCGGCUUAGUGAGACCUCGGGUGGGAUGUUUGUGGGGCUCAUGACCUUCCUGCUCUCCUUCUACAUAAUUUUCACCAAUGAGGGCCGCACAUUGAAGACGGCGACCUCCCUGGCUGAGGGGCUGUCUCUUGUGGUAUCCCCAGACAGCAUCCACAGCGUGGCUCCGGAGAAUGAGGGGAGGCUGGUGCACAUCAUCGGGGCCCUGCGGACAUCCAAGCUCUUGUCUGAUCCAAACUACGGGGUGCACAUUCCCGCUGUGAAGCUGCGUCGGCACGUGGAGAUGUAUCAGUGGGUGGAAACGGAAGAGUCCAGGGAGUACACUGAGGAUGGGCAGGUGAAGACAGAGACGAGGUACUCCUACAAUACCGAAUGGAGGUCGGAAAUUGUCAACAGCAAAAACUUCGACCGAGAGAUUGGCCACAAAAACCCCAGUGCGAUGGCAGUGGAGUCGUUCACGGCCACAGCCCCCUUUGUCCAAAUUGGCAGGUUUUUCCUCUCAGCAGGCCUCAUUGACAAAGUUGACAACUUCAAGCCACUAAGCCUGUCCAAGCUGGAGGACCCCCACGUGGACAUCGUCCGCCGGGGAGACUUUUUCUACCACAGCGAGAACCCCAAGUAUCCAGAGGUGGGAGACCUGCGCGUCUCAUUUUCCUAUGCAGGACUGAGUGGGGAUGACCCCGACCUGGGUCCCGCUCACGUGGUCACUGUGGUUGCCCGGCAGCGGGGUGACCAGCUAGUCCCAUACUCCACCAAGUCUGGGGACACCUUGCUUCUCCUGCACCACGGGGACUUCUCAGCAGAGGAGGUGUUUCAUAGAGAACAAAAGAGCAACUCCUUGAAGACAUGGGGCCUGCGGGCCACCGGCUGGAUAGCCAUGUUUAUGGGCCUCAACCUCAUGACCCGGAUCCUCUAUACCCUAGUGGACUGGUUUCCUGUCUUCCGAGACCUGGUCAACAUUGGCCUGAAAGCCUUUGCCUUCUGCGUGGCCACUUCACUGACCCUGCUGACUGUGGCUGCUGGCUGGCUCUUCUACCGGCCCCUGUGGGCCCUCUUCAUCGGCUGCCUGGCAUUGGUGCCCAUCAUCAUUGCUCGGACACGGGUACCGGCCAAAAAGCUGGAGUGAAACAGGCCUGGCACCUGCCUGACCCAAGCCACCACCUCCCUGCUCCACUGACCCAGCACGAGUCCGGAUUGGUUUUCAAUUCCACAUUCCCUCCACUCUUCAGGAGGACUGACUCAGCAACAUGCACACGCCAGGAUUUGGUGUUCAUCAGCUAACAUCUUCCCCACCUCUUCUCUUGCCAAUAAGCAGCUUUGGUGGGCAGAAGGCAGCUUACAUUUGGCAGUGUAACAAGCGUUCUCCUUUUGUUCCCUUCCCUUCUCUUGUGACCUGGUGUAUGUGGUCAGGUUAGCUUGUUUGACUCAGCUCAUCUGUGUGCAGAAGGUGACGAAGCAGUGACACUCCACAGAGGCCUGCUGAUCAAAGGGCUCAGCCUCAUCACUUGCUGAUUCCCGUCACUGGAGACAAGUGCCAGGACUCUGCCACAACCAUCAAACCUAUCUAUGGUCCUACAGGGCAAACUUUAGUUAUUGCUAAGCUCUACUGGAUUACUGAUAGACAAAGCACGUGCACAGCAAUGCAGGAGCACCAGAAACCAAGUGUUUGGGUAGAACUUCAUGUCAUACUUCAGAAAAACAAAACAAAAACACUGAAGGUGUCAUGAUGAGAAAAAAUGGGACAUUUAUUGGGCUUUAUACUUAUUUUAUGGUUUGGCAGAAUCUUUUUAGUGUAAAGGAUGUCCGCAAGUCCUGUUUAUAAGCUUUUCUUUGCUAUGAUUAAUAGUCUCGUCUUGUGUACUUUUCUACCCCAAGUGGGAAUUGUUUAAAAUAAGAUUUAAAAAACAAAACAAAAACCUCCUGAAUGAUUAACAUUUCAGACCGUUACAGAAAAACCCCUUUAACCUGUCAGCUGAAGUUAAUUCAGAGCACAGGAACAUGUUAAAUUGGGGUGUGGCUUAGUUGGUAAAAAUUAAAAGUUACCUCUGUCACUAUUCUGGGUUAUUGGAAAACUUUAAGAAGCUUUUCAAACAAGUGUUAGCAAGGAUUUGUUCUUCACCCUGAGAUGAGAUGGGGAGUCUCUACAGGAUGGAGAAAAGCAUUUCCUUUCAUCCUCUGGUAUCAUAAACUGCCCACUUACUUGAAGAUAGUUUUGAGUCUUUAGUCAACCAUUAAAAGGUUGGAAGCUUUAUACUAAGUGGGCUCCAGCAUGGUGACUCCCAGUCAACCAAAAUCAAGACUCAGGCUGAAGGCUGGCUGUACAAUGCCCAAGUCUGGCCUGUUCCUCCAUCGCAGAGUACAGACACUGGCAUCUGGGCCUCAGAAGGCUUCUCUGGGAGGUUCUUGUCUAUGUUGUCUCCAGCAUCUCCUCUGUAGUAAAAUCCACCCAUGGUUAAUUUACAUAGUCCCUAAAUUUCCCAACUACUUUACACGCUUUUAAAGAUACAAGUGUGUUGUAAUUUUGAUGUCUUUAACAUAUUCUUUGUGCAUCUUUUUUCUUUCUAAUAUUCAGAAAUUGUUUUGCCCUUGCUGGGAGUGGUUGCUUUUGUAAGUAAGUAUUUGAUAGUUGAAUAAGGGGUCAGAAUUUCUGAAACUGGUGACUGAAUAUUCUGUUGUCCUGGGGCAUCUCUGCUCUAGAUUCUUCAUGUUAAAAACAAACAGCCAGCCCCACAGAUGACUUACCUGGGUUUACAUACUGAAAUAGUAUUCACUACUGCUUAUUAAAUGAGCAGUGUCACCUAAACUCUGAACAGAUGCUUUUAAAACACAGACACAGUGUACAAGAUGCUAGCUAAAUACAACGUCCUUGGGAUUUGGUUUGUAUAAUUUUCUUUAAUACGGAUUUUGAAUUACAAUUUAAAAACUGUUCUCAAAGAGCAAAAUAAAGAAAAAUUUGAAGCCUUUGAAAAAUCA